CACUUUAAGCAACUAUGUAUUUUUUAUAUAUAUCUAUAGAGAGAAGAACGAUCAUCUCAAAACUCAAGUGAAAAAGUUGGCUGAAAUUAUACAAAAUGUAGUAGAUCUUGAUAUCCAUAAAGAAGUCCAUCUGAAUGGAUAAAAGGUUCAAAGAAUGAGAGCACAUAGGGUGGAGAAGGAAAGUCCACUAUGGGCUAUCACACUUGCCUAGUGCGUGGCCCUACUUGAGUUGAGUUUUGAUUCAUAAGCGAUCAAUGUCUAAAUGUCCAAUCACCCUUUUCACAUUUACAACUGAGACCAUACCAAAAAAGUGAUGGAGGAAUUUGCUGGUCUCUUUCCUUUUCUGUGUCUUUUAUAUCAAACAACAACAACAUACCUACCUAGUAUAUUCUCACAAAGUAGAUGCAGGUCUUGUUUCCAAUACGCCCCGGCUCUAUGUCUUUUAUAUCCCUGUUUUAAAUAUUUAAAUGUACCGCCACAUUUUUGAAAUCUAUGCAGUUAUGGUGAUUCACUCAAAGAAAAUCAGGAUAUCAUUAAUGGAGAAAAAUUCCUCUUUUCCGCUUCUAGCUGUUUUGUUAUUUCUUCUUCAUGUUGUACCAACUUGCUUGGCCAUGAAUAUUAGCACUUAUCAAAUUUCUCUUCUUGCCUUGAGAGACCAAAUCACUUCAGACCCUUAUCACAUUCUUUCUACAAACUGGUCUUCUUCUGCUGCUGUUUGUAACUGGAUUGGAAUCACUUGUGGCUCUCGUCAUCAACGAGUAACUGUAUUGAAUAUUUCAGGUAUGAGCUUUUCGGGUACUAUCCCGCCACAGCUUGGCAACCUUUCUUUUCUCGUUUCACUUGAUCUAAGCUACAACUAUUUCCAUGGUGGAAUUCCACCAGAGUUCUCUCGCUUGCGAAGAUUGAGAGCUAUUAAUCUUAGUUUCAAUAACAUCACUGGAGAAAUUCCUAAAUUUUUGGGUGAUUUUCAAGACCUUCAAAUGUUGUCUCUUGAAAACAAUAGUUUCAGUGGAUUCAUUCCUUCUUCUAUCUCAAACAUGAAGAAUCUUGGAUAUUUGAAUCUGAGGUACAACAAUCUGGAAGGAAAUAUUCCAACAGGAAUAACCACCCUUCGGAGUUUGAAAUGGUUGAGCUUUGGAUUCAAUAAACUCAAUGGCUCCAAUGUGCUCUCCAUGUUCAACAUCUCGAUACUUGAAUAUUUGGAUCUCAGAAAUUCUGGUUUAACUGGUGGUUUUCCAUCUGAUUUGUGUCGUCGCCUUCCAAAAUUGCAGAAGUUUGGACUUAAUUUCAACAUGUUAAGUGGAGAGAUACCAAGACGUGUGUCAGAAUGCUCGGAACUUCAAGUCCUAUUGUUGAUGGAAAAUGAUUUGAUUGGAACUAUUCCAAGAGAACUGGGGAGAUUACAACUGCUGCAAUUCUUAUCUCUCGGUUCUAACAAGUUACAUGGCACAAUUCCUGAUGAGAUUGGUCGUCUUAAUAACUUGAAGCAAUUAGGGAUUGAGAGAAAUGAAUUAACGGGCUCAAUCCCUUUAACCAUAUUCAACAUUUCAUCCCUUCAAAUUUUAUCAAUUUGGGACAACAAGCUUGAAGGACCUCUACCAAGGGAGGUUGGAAAUUUGACUAUGCUUAACGUACUUGAUCUUGGAAUUAAUAGCCUAACGCGUGUACUUCCAGAUGAAAUCGGUAACCUUCAAGAGUUGUCGGAGCUGAAGUUGGAUUUCAAUAACCUUAGUGGGUCGAUCCCUAUUGGUAUAUUUAAUAUCUCAACUCUUGUAUCUAUUACACUCACACAAAACCGCAUUUCAGGCAAUCUUCCUUCCACCAUAGGCAACGGGUCACCCAAUCUUGAACGAAUUUUUCUAGGUGCAAAUACCAUUGAUGGUGUUUUACCUAGUUCCAUCUCAAAUGUGUCUAAGCUUACUGUUCUCGAACUCAGUGCGAAUAAACUCACAGGUUCAAUUCCUGACUCUCUAGGAGACUUAAGGCUUAUUGAAAUUCUCAACUUGCAAGGUAAUUCCUUCACUAGUGACUGUUCCAUGUUGAGUUUUAUUACUCCUUUGGCCAAUUGUAAGAACUUAAGAGAACUGAUAUUGUCUGUUAAUCCCCUAAAUGCAAAACUUCCAAAAUCCGUAGGCAAUCUUUCUUCUCUUCAAAAGUUUGAGGCAGUAGGCUGUAAUCUCAAAGGUCAUGUUCCAAAUGAAAUUGGAAACUUGAGAAAUUUAUCUUAUUUGAAGAUGGAAUACAAUGACUUCACUGGAGUUGUGCCAACGACUAGAAGUUCUUUGAAAAAACUACAACAGCUUUCACUUGGUGCAAACAGAAUAAGUGGUCCUUUCCCAAUUGUUUUAUGUGACCUACCCAACCUGGGUUUGUUAAACCUUUCACAAAAUCAACUGCGGGGAAGUAUUCCUAGUUGCUUGGGAGAUGUUACUUCUCUAAGGGAGGUUUAUCUUGAUUCCAAUAACUUCACUGCCACCAUACCUUCAAGUCUAUGGAACCUCAAAGACAUCUUGAAGCUGAACUUGUCUUCAAAUUUCUUCAAUGGCUCUCUACCACUUGAAAUUGGAAACCUCAAAGCUGCAAUACUUCUGGAUCUUUCUGGGAACCAAAUCUUCGGCAACAUUCCUAGUACAUUAGGAGGUUUGCAGAAAUUGAUUCAACUAUCUUUGGCUCAUAAUAGAAUUGACGGAUCUAUUCCUGAGACAUUUGGGGAACUCAUAAAUUUGGAAGCAUUGGAUCUUUCAUAUAACGAAAUGUCUGGUGUGAUUCCUACGUCAUUAGAGGCACUAAAGCAGCUAAACUCCUUUAAUGUUUCAUUCAAUAGGUUACAUGGGGAAAUUCCGAGUGGAGGACCUUUUCAUAAUUUCCCUUACCAGUCCUUUAUGUCGAAUGAAGGAUUGUGUGGUAAACCUCAAAAGCAUGUCCCAGCUUGUCCUUCGAAUUCAAAGAGUCGUUCACAUUCAAAGAAAAAAAGACUGAUAUGGAUUAUAGUUGCCUCUUCAAUUAUCUCUGCAAUAGGGCUUGCUUUAGCAAUAGUUUCCGUGUUGAUGACACGUCGUGGCAAAACAGUCAAUGCAGAAGAAGAAGGGUCGCCUGAGGUAGCACCACAAAGAAUUUCUUACUACGAACUUCAAAGAGCAACUCGAGGAUUUGAUGGAAAUAACUUGCUAGGUAGUGGAAGUUUUGGUUCUGUUUACAAAGGGACAUUGGUAGAUGGGAUGAUGGUAGCUGUUAAAGUUUUCAAUGUGCAGAUGGAGGGUACAUUUCGAACGUUUGAUAGAGAAUGUGAAAUCUUGCGGAAUCUUCGUCACAGAAAUAUUACCAAGAUCAUUAGCAGCUGUUGUAACUUGGAUUUUAAAGCAUUGAUACUUGUGUACAUGCCAAACGGGAGCUUAGACAAGUUGCUAUAUUCUCGAGAUUAUUCUCUAAAUAUAAUGCAACGAUUGAAUAUCAUGGUUGAUGUUGCAUCUGCUCUGCAAUAUCUCCAUCAUGGUUACUCUGUACCUGUUAUUCAUUGUGAUCUGAAGCCUAGCAACGUCUUACUUGACAAAGACAUGGUGGGACACCUGACUGACUUUGGCAUUGCAAAACUUCUAACAAAACAGGAAUCUGUUGCUCACACUACAACCUUCGCCACAAUUGGUUACAUUGCUCCAGAAUAUGGAUUGGAAGGCCUUAUAUCCAAGAGUAUUGAUGUGUAUAGUUAUGGUAUCAUGUUGCUGGAAACUUAUACAAAGAAGAAACCUAAUGAUGAAAUGUUCACAGGCGAUUUAGAUUUGAAAAGCUGGGUACAUAGUUCACUUCCUGAUAAGCUGGAUGAAAUCCUAGAUUCUGACUUACUAACAGUAGAUGAAGAAAAGUUAGAUGAAAAGUUACAUUAUGUGUCGUCAAUCAUGGAGUUAGCCAUGAAUUGCACGGCUAAAUCUCCAGUAGAAAGGAUGAAUAUGACUGAUGUUGUUGCAGCAUUGGAAAAGAUCAAGCAGCAUCUUUCUUCCCUUUACUGAUCGAACGACCUAAUGACAUGAGAUCGGGAGAUUGUGUGGCUAUUGUAAUUGUCCUGCGUUGAGAUGAGUCUUUUGUACAGUGUAUUGCUUAUUAAGGAUCAACAAAAUGCAGUGUUCCUCAUCCGGCCUACGUGAAUGGUCAACUAAAAGAGUCAUUUACCCAUUGCUUUAGUCUUGUCUCCUGUGAAAAAGUGUUUCAAUCAGCACAACAUCAUAGCAGUAGAUAUCAGCACUACACUCUGUUCAGGAUAUAAUAAAAGCACAGUUUGAUAUAAAAAUGGUGCUGUAGGAGCAUUUAGGAAAAAUGUUAAGAUCGCUGUUACCUGAAGCAUUUAUCCCAAUGUCAUUUUUUGAGUAACAGAUGUGCAUAAUAAAAAAGGCAUUAUAUAUAAACAGGCGCUUAGACUUGGCAUCAGCUGGCAAGAUACUCUAAUUUUGAGUAUGCACAUCUAGACACCUUAAUUCGUCUACAUUGUGUCAGAUGAACACUUCAACUUAUAAUUUAAUUAAAAAAAAACAAGUCAAAAGAAUGAAUUAAGCUAUAAGUUUUAGAGAUUG